UAGAGGUAUAAGAAUGCUUACAUCAGCAGAAGAAGAAUUAAACAUAGACAGAGGACAUGUUAACAAAGCAGAAAACACUCAGCAAGUGAAAGAGAAACACAAAGAGAAACUGAAAACUAAGGAAUCUGUAGAGAUUCCAGGGAAAGAAUCGGAUAUUGAUAGGGGAGUAGCAGUUGAUAACAAAAUCUCAGUUCAGAUCGGAGAUAUCGUCUUAAGUGAGAUACGGGUUGUAGGAAUUCCAAAAGAAUCUAAACUAAAUGAAACAGUCACCACCAGCGGGAAGUUUGUAAGUAGCGAGAAACAACAGGAAGAAAAAUGCAAUGAGGCUCAUAGUGAAAAAGAAAGAGAAAGUGAAAGUGAUAGUAGCAAAGAAGGUAAAACAGAGAAGAUGUUCAGAACGCUUUCUAUAGAGACGGAUAUAAAUGUGGCACCAGAUAACUGGCUGAGAGGAGACGAGAAGCUGGCUCCAAUGGUACAAGAGUCCUGCUACUGGUCUAUUAGUGAUGCUCCUGAACUCUCCUCAAUUCACAUGGCUGCCCAGCACGCUAAGAAACUGCUAUCUGCUGACGUGAUCUCGGACUCCAGGAACAUUAAGAAGCUACUGAAGAUAGCAAAAGACGUGGAAGAAGUUAGCAUGGCAGUUCACAGAAUAGGUAAAACGCUGUUACUGGACGAGUUUCCAAUAGAAAGUUACAUUCCACAACGUCACGAGAAGCUAAGUAAGAAGAAGAAGAAGAAAAAGAAGAGCGCAACUCACGUCAAUACUAUAUCUAAGUUCUUGUAUCACACUCUACUGCAGAAUAACCACAUUGAAGCCCCCGAUUCUAAUGUUGUGGUCAGACGAAAGUCGUUAACUAAUAACGAUAUAAUAGUUGGAAUGGGAGACCCACUCUCCAAGAUAACGCUGGAAUUACCACAAGUUCUGAACAGUAAGCUUUACUCGCCUCCAGACUAUAAUAGGACUGUGUUUUGGGAGUUUGAGGAUAUCCAGAUGUUACUAGGUAACAACAUGCCCAUAUUUGGAGGGGGAGAGUACCCAGCUAUCAGUCUCAAACUACGGGAUAUGAAGGAGCAGAUCAACGUUCUAACUGGUAUUGACUGCUGGCUUGAUAACCUAAUAUGUAAUGUUCCUGAGUUGGCUAUGUGCUGGCAUUUGGACGGGUUUAUACAGGGAUACGAGUUGUACAAGACAGAGGAGAUACCUGACCUUGAGAACUGCAAGUUUGACCCCGUUGUCAUUAAAGACCUCGCCACUAACGUACUCAAAUUCUUAAAGAGCCGAUGUGUGAAGGAAGGACACACUUAUUGGUUGUACCGAGCUAAAGGUGACGAUAUAGUGAAACUAUACGAUCUCAGUUCUAUUUGUACCGGUAUCAACCUCACUGAGAUGAACCCUUUCUCUACUCCUGUAGCUAUGCUGUGUUUUAAGGUAGCACAGCGACUAUACGAAGAAGCACGCCCUGAGGACCGCAAUACAAUUUACACACUUUUACAGAACACCCUCAACCUCAUACCCUCCAAAACUUACCCUCAGAUGGAAGCUACUGCUCACUUCAUGAUUGCAGACUUAUUCCUUUCCAACACGUUUACAGUAACUAAAGAGAAGAAAAUCAGACUUACCGUUCAGCCCCUCUUCGAGUGUCAGUUUGAGAACCUGCCCAACCUGUUUGAGUGUUCAAUUAAGCGCGAUCUUCUUGACACAGCAUGGGAACCUCCUCAACAGCAGUAUUAUUGGAACAACAUUGCACCUGAUUUACAGGUUCAGAAGAAAAUGUCACUGACGCACAUUGUAGCCGCGCUUGAUUUGGUAUCUCACCAGUCCGAUAGUUGGGCAGUAAAGCUCCAGAAGCUUCUCCUCUUCAAAGCAACAGCUAUAUUCCUGCACGAGUCUCAGAGGUGUCAGGGUUCUGCUGUCUUCACUAACGCCCUGCUCAGUCUUACUACUAUUGAUGCUUACAAUUCUCUACUUUACUUUAAAGAUACGAAGUACACACACGGGUACGGGUAUGACAUAUUACGUUGCUUAGUGCUGUGUCACGUGGCUGACACGUUACUUACUGAGAUACUGUCUGCUAAUAUGAAGAGCUCCACAUCUCUGUCUACACUGGACAGCAUUCUUCUCAGUCUCAACAACUACGCAAGAAGUUUUGAUAUAAACUGCACCAAGAUAUUUGAGUGGUGCUAUUUUCUGGUGCCUGAGGGAAAUAUCAGUAAACGUGUGUUUAGCACCCAAUAUGACACCAGAGAAACAGGCCUACUGCUGUGUCUUGACAUGUACUUAGAAGCGAGUGAGUACGAGAAAGACUGGUCUGUUAGGAAGCUGGGGUUCGUGUACAACGAGCUAGCUUCUUAUAAUUUGAACCUUAUCUCACUUGAGGAGACUAUUCAGGAAGACGUUGCUAAGAAGCUACUAAAACAGAGCUUCGAGCACUACAAAUCAGCCCUGAACCACUUCCAAGACUGCACAGAUAUACACAACAUAGCUCUGGUGUACAGCAACUUGGGAAAGGUUAUGAGGAUAUCCGGACAGUUACAAGCUCGUUUCUACUACGGCUCUGGAGAAAGGGGCGAGUUGUUGUAUGAAGAGAAAGAGUUUUACAAGGAGGCUAUUGGUUACUAUAACAACGCACUCGACACUCUUCGUAAACCAUCAGUACAGAAAGAUAUCUGGUGUGCAGUAUCUAACGAGUUAUCAGGCGUUUACUUCACCAUGGCAACAGUAAUGCAGGAUUGCAGUGCAAGUAGCAGUGAUAAGGGGGAGGUUAUCAGAGAAGUUACAAAUCUUUACAACAAGUCACUCAGAAUCAGUGAGGGGCUUGUUCGGGAAGGGUUCACUCCCGCGACUGGUAGAACAGGUGGGACCCACCACAAGCUAGCAAGUCUAUACCACGCGCAGGCGCGCGACACCUGCCACAGCGUGCGCAAACUCAAGCGCUUAUUCUCCCUCUCUGACUCCAACUACCAGAAAGCCAUGUCCUACUUUAAAGAGAGUGGGUUUGAGAUGGAGUAUAUACAAGUAGUUAUGGAGUUUGUUGGGUUACUUCAGUACAGUUCUACCGCGCCUUGUUCUGCACUAUCAGCUUGUAGCACACUUCUUAGCAAACUACCACGCUAUUUAAAGGUUGUUUCUCUCGGAACUUCCAGGGAAAAUGAACAAGUCAAGAUGCUGUCGUUGCUGAGGGAUCAGACUUUGUCGCUGUUGAAGUCUAUAGUGUUGCUUGUUAAGCAAGGGAAAUCUGUGGAUGGAUUUGUUUGUGAAGGAGCAAGUGGGGGUGGUGGCGCUGGGCAUGAUGCCAAGAUGCUUUACGCUGCAGCGUUGCGGGGGUUUCAAGGGUUUGAUGUUCAGAAUGGGGUGGUGGUUUUAACGAAACAAGUUUCGGAUGUUUUGAAAUUGUUAGAAUAAUGAUCAAUAUAUUUGAAUCUGAAAACGAUUUAUUUAGUGAAGUUUUGAGACGUUUUCUAGUCAAAGGGAUAAUAAUUUAUGAAUUUUGGUGGCAUAAAAUUUGUUGAUUUUUGUAAAAAUUUAACCUUAAGUAAGAAGAUUAUUUUAUUUCUAAAAUUAUUUUGUGAAACAUUAGAUAUUCGUGUAGAGUGAGAAUGUGCAAGUUUUGAUCGGCCUAAGUUUUCUAGUCAAAUAUUCAAUUAAUCGAAAGCUGUGUUGUAUUUGUAU